AUGUCUGACGGCCCUGAGCUGGACAUACUGGACAUACUCAAGUCAACCGAUUCUGGAUACGACGGAGAGUAUGAGUAUGGAGCAUUGGGUCAAUUCUGGUCCGUGAUCCACCCGCUGAUCCAUCCUCCAAAGGCAUCCGGUCUCAAGACUCCAGGACGCUAG